UGCGUGGAGUCCGCAAAUGCCGCAUCUCUCGCGAGUUUCUUUCUUCACUUCCCGGAAACACAAACCUUCAUCCACCAAGAUGGCGACUUUGACUAUGAGCAGACCUCUCGUGGCGGGUUUCAGUUUCGAAAAUUGUAGAAGAAAUGUGUUUUUGGAAGGUGAAGUCAAUAAUCUGGGAUGCAGCUUGCCUGCUGCUCGAAAAACCGGAACCACCAUUUGUGGGGUGGUCUUCAAGGAUGGAGUUGUUCUCGGCGCUGACACCAGAGCCACUGAAGGCAUGGUGGUGGCUGAUAAAAAUUGCUCCAAGAUCCACUAUAUCUCCCCCAACAUUUACUGCUGCGGUGCAGGAACCGCUGCUGACACUGAGAUGACCACUCAGAUCAUCUCGUCCAACCUGGAGCUGCACUCCCUGUCCACAGGCAGACUGCCACGUGUGGCAACUGCUAACCGCAUGCUCAAGCAAAUGCUCUUCAGGUAGGCCUCUGUGUUUGUGUUGCUGAGUAAUGAACAUCC